GACUGUCCACCUUACAAGUCUGCAACGGAGAAGGCAGGAAUGGAGCAAACACCACUGCUUCCAUUCUGUCCUUAAUCACGCUGUAGACAUGUGUCCCCACUGCAGAGAGUGAACUGCACCAAAGAGGAAAGUUCUCAGGGCCCCCAAACCACCUUGUCUCUCACGCGGGGGAGCCGGCAGAAUCAUGGCGUUUUAUAGCUGCUGUGGGAUCCUCUUGGCUCUUGCUUGGCACACCUCUGCCUACGGGCCUGACCAGCGGGCCCAGAAGAAAGGGGACAUUAUCCUCGGGGGGCUCUUUCCUAUUCAUUUUGGAGUAGCAGCCAAAGAUCAAGAUCUAAAAUCAAGACCCGAGUCUGUGGAAUGUAUCAGGUAUAAUUUCCGUGGGUUUCGCUGGCUACAAGCUAUGAUAUUUGCCAUAGAGGAGAUAAACAGCAGCCCGGCCCUGCUUCCCAACAUGACUCUGGGAUACAGGAUAUUCGACACUUGCAACACCGUUUCUAAGGCCUUGGAGGCCACCCUGAGUUUUGUUGCCCAGAACAAAAUCGAUUCUUUGAACCUUGAUGAGUUCUGCAACUGCUCAGAGCACAUCCCCUCUACUAUUGCUGUGGUGGGAGCAACUGGCUCGGGUAUCUCCACGGCGGUGGCAAACCUGCUGGGGCUCUUCUACAUUCCCCAGGUCAGCUACGCCUCCUCCAGCAGACUGCUCAGCAACAAGAAUCAGUUCAAGUCCUUCCUCCGUACCAUCCCCAAUGAUGAACACCAGGCCACCGCUAUGGCAGACAUCAUUGAGUAUUUCCGCUGGAACUGGGUGGGCACAAUCGCAGCUGAUGAUGACUAUGGGCGGCCAGGGAUUGAGAAAUUCCGAGAGGAAGCUGAGGAGAGGGACAUCUGCAUUGACUUCAGCGAGCUCAUCUCCCAGUACUCUGAUGAGGAAGAGAUCCAGCAGGUUGUAGAGGUGAUCCAGAAUUCCACGGCCAAAGUCAUUGUUGUUUUCUCCAGCGGCCCAGACCUUGAACCCCUCAUCAAGGAGAUUGUCCGGCGCAACAUCACGGGCAGGAUCUGGCUGGCCAGUGAGGCCUGGGCCAGCUCCUCCUUGAUCGCCAUGCCUGAGUACUUCCAUGUGGUUGGAGGCACCAUUGGAUUUGCUCUGAAGGCCGGGCAGAUCCCAGGGUUCCGGGAAUUCCUAAAGAAAGUCCAUCCCAGGAAGUCUGUCCACAAUGGUUUUGCCAAGGAGUUUUGGGAAGAAACCUUUAACUGCCACCUCCAAGAAGGUGCUAAAGGACCUUUACCCUCAGACACCUUCCUGAGAGGUCAGGAAGACAGUGGUGGCAGGUUUAGCAACAGCUCCACUGCCUUCCGACCUCUCUGUACAGGGAAUGAGAACAUCAGCACUGUCGAGACUCCUUACAUGGAUUACACACAUUUACGGAUAUCCUACAACGUGUACUUAGCGGUCUACUCCAUUGCUCACGCCCUGCAAGAUAUAUAUACCUGCCUACCCGGGAGAGGGCUCUUCACCAAUGGUUCCUGUGCAGACAUCAAGAAGGUUGAGGCUUGGCAGGUCCUGAAGCACCUACGGCACCUAAAUUUUACCAACAAUAUGGGAGAGCAGGUGACUUUUGAUGAGUGUGGUGACCUGGUGGGGAACUAUUCCAUCAUCAACUGGCACCUCUCCCCAGAGGACGGCUCCAUUGUGUUUAAGGAAGUCGGGUAUUACAACGUCUACGCAAAGAAGGGAGAAAGACUCUUCAUCAACGAGGAGAAAAUCCUGUGGAGUGGGUUCUCCAGGGAGGUUCCCUUCUCCAACUGCAGCCGAGACUGCCUCGCAGGGACCAGGAAAGGGAUAAUUGAGGGGGAGCCCACCUGCUGCUUUGAGUGUGUGGAGUGUCCUGAUGGAGAGUACAGUGAUGAGACAGACGCCAGUGCCUGUGACAAGUGCCCAGAUGACUUCUGGUCCAAUGAGAACCACACUUCCUGCAUUGCCAAGGAGAUUGAGUUUCUGUCGUGGACAGAGCCCUUUGGGAUCGCACUCACCCUCUUCGCGGUGCUGGGCAUUUUGCUGACAGCCUUCGUGCUGGGUGUGUUCAUCAAGUUCCGCAACACGCCCAUCGUCAAGGCCACCAACCGCGAGCUCUCCUACCUCCUCCUCUUCUCCCUGCUCUGCUGCUUCUCCAGCUCCCUGUUCUUCAUUGGUGAGCCCCAGGACUGGACGUGCCGCCUGCGCCAGCCGGCCUUUGGCAUCAGCUUCGUGCUCUGCAUCUCGUGCAUCCUGGUGAAAACCAACCGCGUCCUCCUAGUCUUUGAGGCCAAGAUCCCCACCAGCUUCCACCGCAAGUGGUGGGGGCUCAACCUGCAGUUCCUGCUGGUCUUCCUCUGCACCUUCAUGCAGAUCGUCAUCUGCGUGAUCUGGCUCUACACCGCGCCCCCCUCCAGCUACCGCAACCACGAGCUGGAGGAUGAGAUCAUCUUCAUCACGUGCCACGAGGGCUCGCUCAUGGCCCUGGGCUUCCUGAUCGGCUACACCUGCCUGCUGGCUGCCAUCUGCUUCUUCUUCGCCUUCAAGUCCCGGAAGCUGCCGGAGAACUUCAACGAAGCCAAGUUCAUCACCUUCAGCAUGCUCAUCUUCUUCAUCGUCUGGAUCUCCUUCAUCCCAGCCUACGCCAGCACCUACGGCAAGUUCGUCUCCGCCGUGGAGGUGAUCGCCAUCCUGGCGGCCAGCUUUGGCUUGCUGGCCUGCAUCUUCUUCAACAAGAUCUACAUCAUUCUCUUCAAGCCGUCCCGGAACACCAUCGAGGAGGUGCGCUGCAGCACCGCGGCCCACGCCUUCAAGGUGGCGGCCCGCGCCACGCUGCGCCGCAGCAACGUGUCCCGCAAGCGGUCCAGCAGCCUCGGGGGCUCCACGGGAUCCACCCCCUCCUCGUCCAUCAGCAGCAAGAGCAACAGCGAGGACCCCUUCCCGCAGCCCGAGAGGCAGAAGCGGCAGCAGCCGCCCGCCCUGACCCAGCCAGAGCAGCAGCAGCAGCAGCCCUUGACCCUACAGCCGCAGCCGCAGCCGCAGCCCAGAUGCAAGCAGAAGGUCAUCUUCGGCAGCGGCACGGUCACCUUCUCGCUGAGCUUCGACGAGCCGCAGAAGAACGCCACGGCUCACAGGAAUUCUACGCCCCAGAACUCCCUGGAGGCCCAGAAGGGCGGCGACCCACUGGGCAGACACCAGGCGCUGCUCCCUCUGCAGUGCGGGGAGACAGACUCCGAGCUGACCGUCCCGGACACAGGCCUGCAAGGGCCUGGCGGUGGGGACCACCCGCCAGAGACGGAGGACCCUGAGGAGAUGUCCCCAGCACUCGUAGUGCCCAAUUCACGGAGCUUCGUCAUCAGCGGCGGAGGCAGCACUGUCACAGAAAACGUACUGCAUUUGUAAAACGGAAGAAGGCCAGUCCAGGGAGAACAGAGAGGUUUCUUGGGCUCAUGGGGAAGUAGAGUCUCCCCGACUCCUUUCCUCUGAGGAAAUGGGGAUAACGGAUACAUCAAAUGCCCUGAACUUAGUUGCCCUGUCUUAAGUGACAGUGAAUUGACUAAUGUUCCUUUUAAAAUUAAAAAAA